GUCAUCGGGUUCACAGGGUACCCGGUGCCUAAGGGCGGAGUUGAUUGCAUCAAUCGAAGUUUUUUUAAGAAGAACAAGUCGCUCGUUAACUCCCAGUACAGCAACAGCCGACAGGUAAGCGAGCGCGUGCAGCUGGAGCAGGGCAGCUUCGUGCUGCUGCCCACCACCUUCGAGGCGGGCGAGGAGGCCGCCUUCACAUUACGCGUCUACUCUUCUAAACCUAUUAAACUCAAGUUAGUAGACACGACACCAAGCCUGGUGAAGCCUGCGGUGACACAGUCCCGCAGUGCGCUGGAGAGCAAAAGUAUCCUACAGUACCAGGCAGUGUUCCUGCAGGUCGCUGAUGAACACAGAACAGUGAACGCCUUCCAGCUCCAUGAACUGCUGGAGGCCUGCUUACCUAAUGAUUAAAUCAAGAGCUGCGCUAGUCUGGACAUCUGCCGACAGAUCAUCUUAACUAUGGACGUAUCCUUUACAACUUUCUUAUUAUAAAAUUAAUAUUAUUUUUACUAUUGUUAUUGCGUUGAAAAUUCAUCAUUUUUUAUAAUGUCAGGACUCGUAGAGUCUGGAUCUGUGAUUGGAAGGAGAAUCGCCUAUGGGAUGAAAAAUAUAAUUUGCAGAAAUUUACACAAUUUUUUAUUCACAAUGAUAUGGGCGAAAUGUAUUAGUGAAUAUCGACGAAAUAUCGCUCGAUAAUGUGUGGGUUGAAUGAGCACAGAAAUGCGAUACUUCUCCAAAUCGUAGACGAAUUGAUUUGUUGCACUCCAAAUAUGGGAAAAUCGACAUCAAAUAUUAGUACACACCUGAAA